AUGACUGCCCCUCCAGCAGAGCCCUUCCUCUUCGCCGCCACACAUCACAUGCAUUUCGCCUAUCCCUCACCUGCAUCCACCGUCGACUCGGACACGACCUUGCAUUGCAGCCCUAUGUCGCCACGUUCGGAGAUCAAAUCAUUGCGUUCACGCAAGACGUCGAGCGUUUCGCCGACAGAAUCACCAUCUAGAGAUGGAGGACUUUUGUGGAUUGUCGCAAAUGAACCCGCCAAGUUCAAAUCAAAAGCCAUCAUGCAUCAAGUGCGCCAAAAAGCCAUGGUCAGCUAUCUCGAGACUGGAAAAGGUCGAGGGGCUGCAAAGUCGAGGGCGGGUAGUGAAGCUUCCGACGAGUCGCAUUCAGGCGAGGAGACUCAAAGUCGCCCAAUCGCCCAACCCAAGAAAAAGACUAGCAGUCGAAAGAAGCCAGCUUCCCCUGAUGUUUCUUCCAAAUCAAAGAAGAAAGACGGCGACCACUCAAGUCCUGAUACUAGGAUAGCAAAAGUAGAACCACAACCAUCUACUGUCCCCCGAACGCCCAUAGUUGUUCCCAUAAACCCUCAAAUCAACUAUGCGUUUGACAAGCACAACAUACCAUUCAAAUGGAUAGGCAUGAGCUUGGAUCCCUUCGGAACCAUGUUCCAAUCGAGUAACCCACACGUUUCUGUCGAGAAGUUGAAGCACCACUGCAGGACGUACUUUGGCACACGAAGCCUUGGCCGAAUAUGGAUACCAAAGUGCCUCGACCAUCCUCACACUUUCCUUAGUACGCUGUUCAUGGCAUCUGCACAUGACGACGUUAUACGGCAGCGCGAUGUCGAGAGUCUCGAAACUGCAGCAUUGCGCCAAGACGUCGUGGAACUUAUUGUAGACCAAAUCAAGAAGUCCCAAACAAGGACAGAUGACGCUAACAUCAUCGCGGUCAGUCAGCUCAUUCUCGGUGAAGUCAUUAGUCGGACAGAAAUGAGUCUGGCUUAUCAUCAGGACGGCAUGGAGAAGAUGAUUAAAGAGCGUGGUGGGCUAAACAAGUUGGGUGUAAAUGGCUAUCUGGCAUCUGCAGUGUCUUGGGCACACCUGGCGACCGCGGUCCUGCGCGAAACAACACCUAGCGCAAUGUAUGUUGAGUACUGCGUCAACAAUUCGACAAGGGAAUACCCGCCUAAUGUCACAGCCCCAGAGUCUCCACUCUACUGUCCUCGCGGGAAAUAUGUGACAGUCGAGGAUUCACGGGCAGUCGCGUAUCAGCCAAAUACACUAAAGCUCCUGAACGACAUGCGAACAUUGAUUGAAGAAUUUCUCGAGGAGUCGAAGGACGCUCAAUGGAAUUCGAACAAGCUUACAAGCAUGACCUACCGCAUCACCCAAUACCCGGCCUUGGAACAAAUGUCUAGCAACAACGUGCGUACACAAGAAGACUGGAAAUACGAGGCAAUACGGAUCACUGCCGUUGUCCAAGCAUACGCAAUCAACAACCGAACCCAGCUGUCGGAUGCCAUUGCACACGCGUGUCCAACGAGAAAAAUGUCUACAAUUUACACAUCGUCACUGGCCUCGCAAUCCAAUGAAUCUCUACCUUCGCCCUUUGAUGUUCCAUACAGUACCCCGGAUACGGAUUACUCGACGAGUCCAUCAUUCGGUGGCUCAUUCAGUUUUGGCUCUUCUGCACAACAGUCGAGCUUUCCCUUUGUUCACCGAUCCUCGGACGCCUCAACCGCUUCACACCACCCAUCAUUUUCAUCCCAAUCAUCUAUCUCAGCGGAGACACUGCGCAACCAACGGCGUUUUACCACACUCUCAGAGGUCAGGGAAGCACUGGAGAAAUCCAACCUCUCCGACUGCUGGGGUGACAUGGCUGGUGUACUUCUCUGGAUCGGACUCGUCAUGGGAGCCGCCAGUUACCACGAGAAAGACAAGGUGCUACGACGAUACUUUUCCGCGCUCACGAUACGAGCGUGCAUCAUGCUCUGCUUUGAGCAUCCAGAGGCCAUGCAUGCUACCAUGCUCAAGAUGACGGCCGUGGUCGAUGCGUUGCGAAACAAGGACGAGGUGCAGAUUGCUACCAGUAGGAGAGAAUUCGAGGCACCGCGCAAACGAACAAAGGCGUAA